AUUUAUCAUAGAACCGGAGACUGUGAACUGGAUGCCAGUAAUGACACUUUGAUGGUUGCUGCUAAUCUUGGACUGAGAAACUUAAAGAUUUCAUAUACUGGGCAUGCCAAGUUUAUGAGUUUCGGUCCGACAAUUCAAGGGAUUGGAAGUGUUGAGAGACUGGAUUUUUUCUUCAAAGUCAAACAGUCCAACGAAAAGUCUGCAAGUCCAGAGCUAGAUGCGCUGGAUGUGAUCAAUAUGAGUACGAUCUGGUUUGAUCUUUCUGGUCUCGGACCGUUGACCUGGAUUCUUCAAUACCUCAUGACAGGAAUAAUAAAGCUAAUCAACGGGUUUUUAGUCGGAAAAAUGAUGUCUUAUCUAAGAGAAUAUAUUGUCGAACAACUUACUGGAAUUUCGUUCCCAAUCGGAUAAUUAUAGACAAGUGACAUAUUUGUAUUUCCAAAAAUCACUUUGUAUCACCUAUUAUGGUCUAAAUAAAUGCAGUUUAAAAACUUA